UCGGGUACACAGGCUCCAGUGGAGACUGUGCAGAGGCUCAUCUGCUCUCUUUACGCCCGGACUUGGGACCCAAACGCACAGACACACAGACGUACAGACACGCAGACAUACAGACAUACAGACAAACAGACGCACACACACACACAGAUAUACAGACAUACAGACGGACACACACAGACACACACACUCCCAAAAGCACACACGCACGCACGCACGCAGUGAUACACACAUCGCGAGCGCGCGCGCACACAGAGUGACACAAACAGUGACACCCACAUUCCCACACGCCCACACUCAGAGGUGGUGCACGCCUCUCGGACGCCCGCCAACUCGCAGCGCUUCGUGCUCCCCGCCGCCACCGCCAUGGCAGAAGGUGCCUACCUAGGAUGGGACUUCAGCACCCAGCAGGUGAAAGUAAUUGCUGUUGAUGAAAAACUGAAUGUCACCUAUGAGGAGAGUGUUAACUUUGAUAAAGAGCUUCCAGAAUUUGGGACCCAGGGUGGAGUGCAUGUUCAUAGUGAUAAGCUCACAGUGACUUCUCCUGUUUUAAUGUGGGUCAAGGCUUUGGAUGUAAUCUUGGAGAAGAUGAAAUCUUCUGGUUUCAACUUUUCUCGAGUCAGAGCUUUGUCUGGGGCUGGCCAGCAACAUGGAAGUGUAUACUGGAAAAGAGGGGCCUGCCGAACUUUGAGGACUUUAUCACCUGAUCUUCCUUUACACCAGCAAUUAAAGUCCUCCUUCUCGCUUUCUGACAGCCCCAUCUGGAUGGAUUCUAGCACCACGGUGGAAUGCCGAGAUUUGGAGAAGGCUGUUAAUGGAGCCCAGAAUCUCAGUGAUAUCACAGGGUCCCGGGCCUAUGAGCGUUUUACAGGAAACCAGAUAGCAAAGAUUUUCAAGGAGAACCCUGAUGCCUACUCACAAACUGAGAGAAUCGCUUUGGUUAGUAGUUUUGCCGCUUCCCUUUUCCUUGGCUCCUACACACCCAUUGAUUACAGUGAUGGUUCUGGGAUGAAUUUAUUGGACAUACGUAAAAAAUCCUGGUCCCAGCCCUGCCUUGACACGUGUGCGCCUGACUUACAGGAGAAACUUGGACUGGCGGUACUCUCCAGUUCAGUACUGGGAUCUAUUUCUUCAUAUCACGUUCGGCGUUAUGGGUUCAACUCUGCAUGUAAAGUGAUAGCCUUCACUGGAGACAAUCCAGCAUCAUUAGCUGGAAUGAGACUGGAAGAAGGUGACAUUGCAGUCAGCCUUGGCACUAGUGAUACGCUGUUUCUCUGGAUCAAGGAACCAACCCCUGCUUUAGAAGGUCACAUCUUCUGUAACCCUGUUGAUUCUCAAGAGUACAUGGCCCUUUUGUGUUUUAAGAAUGGGUCUCUGAUGAGAGAGAAGGUCCGAGACGAAUCUGCUUCAGGUUCCUGGGAUGAGUUCUCCAUAGCUCUACGAUCCACUGAAAUUGGAAAUUGUGGAAAUCUGGGUUUUUAUUUUGAUGUGAUGGAAAUUACUCCAGAGACCACUGGGCGUUACAGGUUCAAUGCAAACAAUCAGAAGGUAUCAAAUUUUCCCAAAGAGUUGGAGAUCCGAGCUUUGAUUGAAGGACAGUUCAUGGCCAAAAGGAUUCAUGCUGAAAAACUGGGCUAUAGAGUUGUGCCAAAGACCAAGAUUCUGGCUACUGGAGGAGCCUCACAUAAUAAAGAUAUCUUACAGGUUUUGUCUGAUGUGUUCAAUGCCCCAGUGUACACUAUUGAAACUGCCAAUUCAGCUUGUUUGGGAUGUGCUUAUAGAGCAAUUCAUGGCCUUGCAGUAGGGGGAAAUGUUUCCUUUGCUGAUGUUGUGAAAUUAGCCCCGGAGCCCAGAUUAGCCGCUACACCAACUGCUGGAGCAGCUCAGGUCUAUGGGCCACUUCUCAAGAGGUAUGCUGAGUUGGAGCAACAAAUCAUCCUGCAGUCUCAUGCACCACCCAGCUGAAAAGUCAGCUUCCCAAGAGGCGGUCCCAGAAUUGCCAUAAAUGUUGAAAAGAGAAAUUGACGUGUUUCCAAAUGUCCUGUGAUUGUUCCUGUUUCAUCCUCUGGCUAAUCAAGCAUAAUGAAUAGGGGUCCAAUUCAACAGUCUCCUCCUCCAGGAAGUUUUCUUUCAUCACUCUGGUCUGCGCUGAGCUCUCCUCUGACCUCCUGUGGCAAACCUGAUUGUUCACUGCCAUGGACUGUUGUCUGUCUCAAUGAGUCUUGUCUCCCCAACUAGACUGUAAUCACCGUAAAAAAAGGGACCAGGUUCUAUGCCUAAGGUUGUCCUCACCAAUGUCUUUGUAAAAUGUAGUUAAUAGAUUUUAACUAAACUCCCUGAUAAAGGACAUUUCCUAGAAAAUGUCCAGAAGGAAGUGUAACAUGGGUUCAUCUAAGCUCUGACUUUCUAACUUUUUUGUGGUUACAAAGUUAGGUGGAAUGUGGGUAUCAUUGUAUCCCAUGUGCUUGAGAGCCUGGGCACUCAUUAAGGGCUUAAGGAAAUGAAUUGAAACCAAAAUAAAAAUAAUAAUAACCUAUACAUAUAGCCCUUCAUACACCUCAUCUCCAUUGAGCUUCACAAUAAAGUAGGUACUUAAGGUAUCAUUAUGUCCAUUUUAUAGAUGAAGAAACUGAGGUUGAAGUAGGAAGUAUGAUAUGGGACUUGAACCCAGGUCUUCCUCACUCUAUUCUAGCCACCAUGCCAUGCCCUGUUCAAAAUCUGGGUCAUAGUAGUUACCAAAAGCAAGGGUCAGAUCAGUGACUGGAACAGACAGUCAUUGAAGGUCCACAUAGCAGAUAAUGGGAUGAAAGGCCCAUUCAUAGACCCAAUAAGCAGGGGAUGGGCAAAGAUCUGCCUGAGAGACAGGCAGGUAGGUAGAUGUUACAGUAUCAGAAAAGUUCCAGCAGGGGGGCAGCUAGGUGGCACAGUGGAUAAAGCACCGGCCCUGGAUCCAGGAGUACCUGAGUUCAAAUCCAGCCUCAGACACUUGACACUUAUUAGCUGUGUGACCCUGGACAAGUCACUUAACCCCCAUUGCCCCACAAAAAAAAUAAAGAAAAGUCCCAGCAGAACAAGUUAAGGACCUGGUCUUUGAGAGCCAAGUAGGGUAAGAGGUGCUAGGUAGAUAAAAUCACUGGAAAGGCAGGGACUUAUUCCUUGGGACUCAGAUGUGUCAAUUGUUUUGUAGUAAAAAGACCACUAGAUUUUGGAGUUAAAAGGCUUAGGUUUGAAUCUUAGCUCUGUUAUUUAAUACCAUGUGACCUUGGGCAAGGUAUUUCUUCUCUUAAUUCCAGUUUCCUCAUCUCUAGAAAUGGGUGGAAGGGAUUGGCUUAGAUCAGAGGUGUCAAACUCCCAGGGGACAGCAAAACUGAGUGCCCUGCAACCAGAUGAAGAUGUAAUGGGGAAAUAUUUAACAAAAUAAAUAAAAAUACAGUAUAGCAUUGAUCAUAUUAA